GUCAUUCGCGGCUCGGCAGCGGCGCGGCGUAGUCGGUGUCGCGCCCUAGUAACACACACUUCAAUAUCCCCGAGUUUUGCUGUCAGCGGUAUACCAUGAGGGCUGGAGGGGCCCCUUUAGCGGCCCUCCUGCUCAUCUCCGCUUCCUUGGUGACAAAGAUAACCUCCGAGGACCUGUACUGGGAGGGUGAGGAAGAUGCGUCGAACGAGUUCCUUGAGGUUAAAGAACAUGAAAGCGGUCUCGCCGGUCAUCUGUCAAGAAUAAAACGGCAGUUUGAUUUGUUCAACUUUUUCUCGUCGUCGUCGACUACGCCGGAGCCGGAGGACACCGAGGACACCAGCACGGACGACCCGGCUGGUGGCGCCGUACCGUUCGAUGACGAAAACGGCGAUGGUUCCGGCGCGCACGUCCCCGUGGACACCUCGGAGCCGAAAGAAAAGACGCUCCGCGUUACCUUCGUGGCAAUGCAACCCUACCAGGAAGAAUACUCCAACAGAGACUCGCCACAGUUCCAGAACUUUUCCAAGUCCUUGGCCAAUGCUGUCAACAAGAUUUACGAAGAACAAGGCAGAAACAGAGAAAUAUCCGGCACUCAAAGAGCAAGCCUCGUUAGGAUACAAUCGCGAGCCACUGACGACUUCUCAUGCAAGGUGACGCUGGACAUCGUAACAACGGGUUAUUACGACAUGGAUAAGAUCGCCAGGAUACUUCAGGACCACAUCCACAAUCGCCGCUCGCUGGAGGGAGUGGCGGUCAGCGAGGCGGACUUUAGCGCCACCAACGUCGACCCAGCAUCAAAUGAGUCGUGUCCCGACGACUGGGUCCGGUGCGAUGGCGGAGCGUGCCACCCCGGCUACACGCGCUGCAACGGCGUGAAGGACUGCUCCGACGGCGCUGACGAGGCCGGCUGUCCGUCUGACGAUUCCAUUAAUGAAAUACCUAGAGGUGAAGAAAAUCUGCCGCUGCCUGAAACUGAGAGGCCCAGUUCUGCAGUGGACCGAGACGAGUCAUCACCAAAUUCUGAAUGCCACACGGAUGAACUGACAUGUGACAACACGCGCUGCGUUUCGGUAACUAAACGUUGCGAUGGCCAUAACGAUUGCGAUGACGGAUUGGAUGAGCAGAAUUGUCCAUCGAUAGAAACGUGCGGUGCCAACGACUUCCGCUGCAACAACGGGAAAUGUAUAUCGGGCUCGAGUCGGUGUAACAGCGUCGUGGACUGCCCAGACCAUGAAGACGAAGUCGGUUGCGACUGCAAACACGGCGACUUCCAAUGCCGGGACAGCAAUGUAUGCAUCGAAGAAAGAAAACGAUGCGACGGUGUAGAUCACUGCAAUGAUGGGUCUGACGAAAUAAACUGCCCCGCAGCUUUGCCGCCGCUGACAUCCCACGAGUACUUUAUGUGCAAAGACGGAACGUAUAUACUGCAAAGUCAAAGAUGCAACAGAAAUUACGAUUGCCCUUCAGGAGACUAUUCCGACGAAGUGAAUUGUCCAUGUGGUGAAGGCGACUUCAAAUGUGACAAUGGCCACUGCAUCCCGGCAUCUAAGCAUUGUGACAGAACGCAUGACUGUCAGGACAGUUCAGACGAACGCGGUUGCAAAUAUGGCACAAUAUGCAUGGCUUAUGAAUAUAAAUGCUCGAGCGGGCAGUGUGUGCUCGCCGACGCACAAUGCAACGGGACGGCCGAGUGCGCAGACGGAUCCGACGAGAGGAACUGCCCUGGUUGCAAAAGGGACCAGUUCCUGUGCAGGGACGGUUCCUGUCUCAACAUCGCGCUACGAUGUAACGCUAAAAGAGAUUGCCCUGGCGGUGAGGACGAGUUAAACUGCGGGCCGCAGCAAUGCCCGGUGGAUCAGUUCACGUGCGCGCCGCAGUCGCAGGUGCGGUGCGCCGUGCACUGCGACGACGUGGUCGAGUGCGACUCGGCCGAAGACGAGCUCGACUGUCCUUCACCCGAGCCGUGCGAGCACGAAUGCGACGGGAACUGCCUGGUGCCGUCGCAGAUCUGCAACGGCGAGCAGGACUGCUCGGACGGCAGCGACGAGUACUUUUGCAACAACUGCGAAGGACCUGACAACUUUAGAUGUAAGAGUGGAGAAUGUGUGAACAAAAAUGUGCGCUGCAAUGGCCUACCAGAUUGUGAGGAUGAAAGUGACGAAGAUGGCUGCGACAAAAUCAUGAUACCAUCGGAGAAAUGUACCGACACCCAGUUCCCAUGUAAUAAUGGCUUCUGCAUUGACAUCAACUUCUAUUGCGACCGCCACCCGGACUGCACCGAUGGCUCCGAUGAAGAAAACUGCCGCUGCAAGGACAACGAAAGACAGUGCCGCUCGGGUCAAUGCAUCCUGGAAAACCAAUUUUGCAACGGAGUCAGUGACUGUACGGACAACUCAGACGAAGAGAACUGUAUCACUCCCGCCCCUUCGUUUGACCAGUUUCCUACUACGACUACAUGGAGGCCACCACCCGAGUACACCACCACGUUCCGGCCAGCACCGGAAUACCCGCCGCGCCCGGAAUACAACCCGCGCCCCGCUUAUCCCCCACGCCCCGAUUACACCCAGCGCCCGAGCUAUACCCAGCGCCCGAGCUACCCCCCGCGGCCGGAAUAUCCCCAGCGCCCGUAUGAGCCUCCGACGAAUGUUGACAAUUCUGGAGGUUGCGAUAGAAAUCAAUUUCGUUGCGAGAACGGCCCUUGCAUAGACGCAUAUCGACGAUGUGACGGUCACCGAGACUGUCCGCGAGACGACAGCGAUGAACUUGACUGUCCACCCAACAGUCCCGCCGCUUUAGACCUGAGAACUUAUCCUACUGCACAGGCUGUUCGUUACGCCAAAUAUCAAAGUGGUGGCGACGUGGUUUUCCAAUGCCGCGACGAAGGCCCCCUGCGCGCACCAGUCAGGUGGAUACGAGAAGGCGGCAGGCCGCUGAAGCCAGGCUCUACCGAUGUAAAUGGAAGACUCGAAAUGACUAAAGUAUCUCCCUCGGAUAGCGGUGUAUAUAUUUGCCGAGCUUACAGUUAUGAAAGUUCCCCCGGAUCAGAAAUAAGAGUCACAUUGACUGUAGAAAAUCCAACAACAACGGUUAGGCCGCAGUUCGUGGGUUGCCAACCCAACGAAGCUACGUGUGCUAACGGACAAUGUAUUCCGAAAUCUUCAGUUUGUGAUGGCAAAUUUGAUUGUUCGGACCAAUCGGAUGAAGAAACUUGUCAUGAAAACGGUUUAUGUGAGCCUAAUCAAUUCCGUUGCGAUAACCGGCGAUGCGUCCUGAAGUCGUGGACCUGCGACUCUGAAGAUGACUGCGGCGACGGGUCGGACGAGCGCGGCUGCGGCGCGGCGCGGCCAGGCGAGACCUGCUCGCAGUCUGAGUUCCGUUGCAGUGACAACCAGUGCAUACCGAAAAGUUUCCACUGUGACAACCAUCCCGACUGUUCCGACGGAGGCGAUGAAAUAUGCAUUAACAUCACCAUACGAAAACUGCCUCAGCCGUCACACGUUGAGUUAAAUCCAGGAGAGUCUCUGAGGCUCGAGUGCGAAGCCGUCGGUAUACCGGUUCCCUUCAUAAACUGGCGUCUCAACUGGGGACAUGUCCCAGCCAAGUGCACAUCUACCAGCAUCAAUGGUACUGGCGUCCUGUCUUGUCCUAACAUGCAGCCGGAAGACAGCGGGGCCUACUCCUGCGAGGCAGUCAACAACAGGGCGACGGCUUUCGGCGCUCUUGACGCUAUAGUCAAUGUCGACCGCACCUCUAUUUGCCCUAGUGGAUAUUUCAACAGCGAAGCGCGUUCGCCAAGUGAAUGUAUCCGCUGCUUCUGUUUCGGGGAGUCGAGUCAGUGCAAGAGCGCGGAUUUGUUCAUCUACAACAUGCCCACGCCCCUGGGCGAGGGCGGCACGCGGCUGGUCGGCGUUCAGCAGGAGCCCAGCGGUGGGGUACGCCGCACCAACAAUCCUGUUGACCAGUACUACUUCCAACCUCUUAGGAACGGCGCUACGAUUACCAAACUGCAAGUACAGGGCUAUCCCACAUCGACGGACUCCUUCCCGUACUUGACUCUACCGGAGUCCUACAACGGCAACCAGCUCACCUCGUACGGAGGCUACGUCAGAUAUACACUAACGCCCCAGUCUGCGAGACCAAACACAGGCUAUGACAGCAGAAUGCCAGACGUCAUUAUUCAGGGCAAAUACGAAACUCUAAUUUAUCACCGCGGCCGCAGCGACCCUAGGGCCACCAGGGUCGAAGUUCGCUUAGCUCAAGGUGCGUGGCAGAAGGCUACUCCCAAUGGACUCGAGCUAGCCACCAGAGAAGAUGUCAUGAUGGCACUGGACAACGUAGAGAUGAUAUUAUUGCGAGCAAGUGUGAACGGUGUGGGGGUCAACAUUACCGAGUUCUCUAUGGAAUCAGCUCAAAGCUUUAAUACGGGCUUGGGUGCUGCCAAUCUCGUUGAAGAAUGCUCUUGCCCUCCUGGUUAUGACGGACUUUCUUGUGAGAAAUGUUCAUCGGGCUAUGUUCGUGAGAGUUCCGGCUUAUGGCUUGGCAACUGCGUGCGCGAAGAGCGUCGCGAGUGCCCGGCGGGCAUGUACGGCAACCCGUCCAGCGGCGCAGGCUGUCAACCCUGCCCGUGCCCUCUAACCGACCGCGGCAACCAGUUCGCCCGCACCUGCUCUCUGGGACCGAGAGGACAAGUCAUCUGUGACUGCGCUCCUGGUUACGAAGGUGACCGAUGUGAAUAUUGCUCGGAAGGAUACGAAGGCAACCCAUUAGUCCCUGGUGACUACUGUCGACGCAAGGUCACGUCCAGCUGCAACGCCGUCGGCACCCUCCAGUCUCGUUUGCCUGACGAGUGCGAAUGCAAACAAAACGUGGAAGGCCGGUUCUGCGACCAGUGCAAAGAAGGCUCAUUCCACCUGUCAGCAACCUAUAAGCACGGCUGCGCUAAAUGCUUCUGUUCCGGCCUAACGAAGCAGUGUACGAGCAGCAAUCUCCGCCGCAACACCACCAGCGUCACUUUCGACACGCCGGAGGUCGUGGACGAAGUGAGCGUGUACCAGAGCGUGCCGCUGGGCUUGGACGGCGCUGGGCGCUACGACGCUCCGGUCGAAGCCUCCGCGCGCCCUCAGAUCGUCAGCGGGGAACUGCUCCUCAACGACGUCGACAGAUCGCGCAACAACAUUUACUACUGGAGCUUACCUCGAAGCUUUACCCUCGACAAAGUGACGUCAUACGGCGGUUACCUACGCUACGUGCUGCGCAACGUGCCCGUCUCCGCGGACGAUAACAAUGCUCCUGAUGUUCAGCUAAUUAGCCAAAACCGACAAACAUUCCACUACUUUGGCAACUCCAGGCCAAGCAGCGACGGUGUCUUGGACGCUUCCGUGCCGUUCCUCGAAAAAGGGUGGCAAAGAGCUGAUGGUACAACGAUACCCCGUCAACAAUUCUUGCUGGCUUUAGCAGACGUUAAGGCAAUAUUAGUAAAGGCAACGUAUUCGACAAGCUAUCAAAUAGCUAGCCUGGUUAGCUCGAGCAUAGACAUGGCGGAUGAGAACGGCGAGGGGCCUGUGGCGGCGGAGGUCGAGCAGUGCGUGUGCCCCGAGGGAUACUUGGGCACCUCUUGCGAGGACUGCGCUCCUGGUUUCACCAGGAGUCAAGAAGCGUUGUACUUGAGACGUUGUGUACGGUGUAACUGUCAAGGAGGAUCUAUUUGUGAUCCAGAAACUGGCGAAUGCUUGACAUGCCCGGAUUAUACAACUGGACCCAAUUGUGAAGACUGUGUACCUGGAUAUAUAAGAGAUUAUAGAAAUAACUGCGUGCCCGAUAAUACCCGCUACCCUACACCGAGGCCUGACAAUUGCAACUGUGAUGCCCGCGGUACAGUUGGGUAUCCAGGAUGUGAUGACAGUGGCAAUUGCCAUUGCAAGCCGUCAGUGACCGGCGAGUCUUGUAACCGCUGCAGACCAGGUUCAUUCGGACUUAGCUACGAAAAUCCUGAAGGAUGUAUUAAAUGCUAUUGUUCUGGGGUUACUACGGACUGCUCUGAGGUCACCAAUUUAUAUUGGGAUCAGGUUCCCGCACCUAUGGUCGGCGAAAACAACUAUCGUAUAAUGGACUUGGCAGCGCAAAAAGUUUUGAACGACCACUUCGUCCCUAAUCCCGCGGAAAGUGAAUUGACAUACUCGUUUAGCUUCCCACCAGACGAAGAACUAUUUUGGUCCCUGCCCCUGUUAACCUUACCAGGAAACAUGUUGCUAUCAUACGGAGGAAACUUGAGCUUUAGUCAGAGGUUCGAAGUGGAUAACCCGUAUCCAGUGUAUAACAACCCAGGCACUGACGUCGUCCUAGUAGGAGAUGAAGAUUCUGUGUAUUGGACAAAUCCACGACCUUUCCAGUCUGGAGAGGUAUUGUUCAAUCAGGUGCCGUUACUUGAAAAGAACUGGUAUGUUCUUAACACUCGUGUACCGGCCAGCCGCAAUGUCUUCAUGUCAGUGUUAAAGAACCUGAAGCGGGUGCUCGUCAGGGCAACUCUCGCUGACUUGCAAAGAGAAAAGUUGACAUCCACCUCUAUUGCCAUUGUGGCCAUGGAUAAGGCUUCAGAAGAACGGCGUCCAAAUGUUGCCAAGGGAAUUGAGAGUUGCAGAUGCCCAGCGGGUUACAGCGGCAGGAGCUGCGAGUCGUGUUCCCCCGGCUACUACCAGCUGAGCGGGCGCUGCCAGCAAUGCAGCUGCAGCGGCCACGGCUGCCACGUCGACAGCUACGACCAGGUCGUGUGCGACUGCCCCGACCCUAACUCCGCGUCUGACUGCUCACCUCUUGGUGAAUCCGUCGUAACAACUAGUCGACCGCCGCCUCCUCAGUCUAGCGUGACCGUAACUAUUUCCAGCCCCACUAUUAAGAUUCAAAACGUCGGUAGCUGGGUUAAUUUCACUUGCCAGGCUAGGAGCUUUUACAGACCAGGUCUACUCCCCGUUAGCUGGAGUAAGAAGAACGGAUACUUACCUCAAGGACGAUACACGAUUGACGACCAAACCGGAACACUCACUAUCACACGGGUGCAAGUGUCUGACAGUGGCACAUAUGUCUGCCAGACGCAUGACGGUGUCACUGCGGGUCAAGCAACAGCAACCCUUACUGUGGGAACAAACCCGAUGACAAGUCCUACCGUAGCCAUACAGCCAUCAGUGCAAGAAUUAUACGAGGGGGAAAGAGUCGAGUUAAAUUGUGUCACUGACGGAAACCCCGCCCCUACAAUCGAAUGGCAGAGAGGUAACGGACAACCUCUGCCCGCGACGGUACAGCUUAUUGAAUCACUUUUGAUAAUCGAUAGUGCGAGAGAAGAAGAUUCUGGAGAUUACAGAUGCGUCGCCAGCAACAACGUGGGAACCGACGAUCGCAUAGCCAGUGUUAUCGUACGGCCCCUGCCGUCCAGGCCACCCCGCGAGAGACUCACAAUAAAACCAUCAGCUUCUAACGUCGUUGAAGGCCAAAGCACUAACGUUGUAUGUACUGGGACAGCUAAUAUACCACCCGGUUCCAUUAAAUGGGUCAGGCAAGACGGCAAUGAAUUUGAAAUAAAUGUGCAAUCACUGAACGGCGUCUUGUAUAUUGAUGUAGCUCGCCUUGAAAAUCAAGGAGUGUAUAUGUGCAAGACAAGUGCUGGACAAGCAGAUGAGAUGGCUGUACUCGUUACGGUUAUCCCUGUGGGCACGCAAUCGCCAGCAGAGAGUCCUGGCGUAGACGUUGAUGUAAAUGAACUGAGAAUUCCAACUGGGGAAAGAGGGGUGGUUCACUGCACUGCCACAGGAAACCCGCUACCGCGAAUUGUAUGGACAAAGCACGAAGGUCAGUUCGGCCCAAGCACCAGCCAAAGAGGAAACACGCUGACAAUUGCUAAUGCCCAGGAGAGUGACCGAGGAUUAUACGUAUGCAGUGCUAUCGUAGACGGAAAUCCAGUCAUGUCCCAAUACGUCACUGUGGAUAUAGAAACCCGUAUUCGCCCAAGAGUACAAAUUUGGCCACAACAAGAUGUGCGCGCUCGGAUCGGCAGUCAGUUUGAGCUCCGUUGUCAAAUCUUAGAAGGCGAGCCACGCCCCGAUAUUAUGUGGUCCAGAAGUAAAGGACGUGCACUGUCCGCCGACGCUCAAGUUGGCCCUGCAGAAGUUAUCAGGUUCUCGAAAAUCGACGUUAACGACGAUGGAGAGUAUAUUUGUAACGCUGGAAACAAAGCCGGAAACGACACAGCUACAGCCACGUUAAAAGUGUGGUCCCCACCAGAGAUAACUAUAACACCAGACCGCUUAGUCAGAGUCAGCUUGGGUGAACCCGUGGAAAUUAAAUGCAGAGCCAACGGCUACCCAGAACCUAUGGUGUCAAUACAUCUGCGAGACCAAUCAGGGCGCGGGCGCGUGAUCGUGCCGCCGACUCCGCUGGUGGCGUCGCUGCGGCUGGCGGCGGCGAGCGAUGCCGACAACAAGGACUACAUCUGCACCGCCACGUCGCUCGACCAGUCCGUCGACGAACCGUUCACCGUCGAAGUCUAUCGGGGUGACGCCGGCUUCGGCAACGAGGAUGACGAUGGAGCAGGAUUCGAAGAACAGGAAACGUACAAUCCGGACCAACAGCUAACCUCAGAGCCUCAGUAUGCCGCAGAAGGCCAGGACACCAACCUCUGGUGCAAUUACACUGGUGACUAUGACCACGAUCUCAAGUGGUCUAGACGCGAUCGCCGUCCAUUACAGCGAAACGCGCAACUCAACAACAACCAACUAAUAAUCCGUAAUGCAACGAAGGAAGACUCUGGCGAGUACGAAUGCAGUGAGGUAGACCGACGCACGCAGUACGUGCUGCGCAGUGCAUACUUCACCCUCGAGGUGGUGAGGCCGCCGCGCGUCACGCUGCACCCGGCCUCGCAGACCGUGUCGCCCGGCCAGUCGCCCACCGUCGAAUGCAUCGUCGAGGGUGACGAUAUCCGCGAAGUCUCUUGGGAUCCGGUCGAUAAGCCUUUCUCCAGGCGUGUAGAUAAGAGAGGCUCGACGCUUAUUUUCCGGCGCAUCGAAGUAGAGGACGAAGGGUUCUACAAGUGCACUGCCAAAAAUGUGGUCGCUGAAGCUUCCGGUGUUGCUCAAGUUAUCGUCAGCGAGUCGGAUGGCGUGGCAUCGGUGUCGCACGAUAACGAACAGGUGGCGCGCGUGGGCCAGCGCGUGGGGUUCCGCUGCGACGCGUCCAUGCAGGCGCAGCGCACGCGCGUGACUUGGACCAAGGACGCGCGCCCGCUGCCGCGCUCCACGCGCGUGCUCAACGAUGGCUCCAUCUAUAUUAAUCCGGCUAAGAUAUCCGACACCGGCCGCUACGACUGCACCAUUAAGGAUGAAUACGGAAGAAAUAUUAUUAGAAAUUACAUCAACCUCCAAAUCGAGGGUAUCGAAAAGUGCUCGGAAACGCAAUUCCGUUGUACUGACGGGUCUAGUUGCGUAGACAAUGAGCUCAUAUGCGACGGACGAAACGAUUGUGAGGAUCAUAGCGACGAAAUAUGUUUAACGAACACGCAGAUGUCGAACACUCUUUCGGAUUAUCCGCCAUAUACUGGUAAUACAGGUGCAGGGCCCGCUGUAGAAGAGCAGGCGUUAGUUACGAUCAUCCAGCCUAACCGGCGGUUCCGCGUCGGCGACAACGUCGAAGUGUUGUGCAGAACUGCCGGCGCGGACGUAGUCGCGACGUGGGAGCGAGUCGGCACGCGCCAGCACGUCGACCAACGGCGGUUUGGCGAAGGCUCGUCGUUGACUCUGAACAGUGUUGCGGAGUCGGAUGCUGGCACAUACAGAUGUACCGGGAUGGACCAGUACCAACGAACGUCUUCUGAUGACCUUAAUUUAGAAAUACAACCAGUGCCAGUUGGCCCACAGUACCCGUCCAUCCGGGACACGACGUUCACUGCUCGCGUUGGGCAACCGACAUACCUUCCCUGCCCGAAUCUCGAGCCGGGCGCGACAGUUGAAUGGAGACGUGAAUAUGCUCCUCUCGCUCCGGGUGCCAGGGCCGAUGAGGCCAACUUGUACAUAAAUCCAGUUAGCGAAGCGGACGCGGGCACGUACAUCUGCCGCGUGAACAACGGGCGCUCCGUCACGGAGGGGCGCGUGGUGCUGAAGGUGACAGGCGUGGUGCCGCAGUUCAACCGCUUCAGCUACCUGGCCCUUCCCAACUUGCCUGAUGCCUACACGCAGUUUGACAUCGAGAUCUCUUUCAAACCUACUGAUUCCGACGGUCUAAUUCUCUUUGACAAUGGACGGACUGGCACAUUCGUAGCCUUAAGGCUGUACAGUGGCCAGCCAGAGAUGGUACUCGAUGCAGGCUCCGGGCCGAUCACUGUCAUGGGAGACCGACCUCUGCAACUUAACGCAUGGCAUACAGUUCGUCUGAGCAGAAUGGACACUAAAGUAUCAAUGAACGUAGACGACGCUGGACCAUUCACCGCCGUGAUCCCGACACAGCUCGCUGUAAUGGAUCUCAACAACCCGCUGUAUAUCGGAGGAGUACCGGACAACAUACAGUUGCCAGCCGCACUGGCAAAUACUCCAGGGUUCACAGGAUGUGUGGGAAUGCUCAUUUUGGGUAAACAAGAGCAGGACAUAAUGGCGAAUAGCUACAAGUACGAGGUGACGGAGUGCGACUCAUGCUCGCCCAACCUAUGCUUGCAUGGGGGCGUGUGCCAGGAGGCUCGCAACGAGCGCGGCUACGUAUGCCUGUGCCCGGCCGGGUACGCGGGCCAGAACUGCGACCACACAGGGGAAGGCUGCCGUCCGCACAUCUGCGGCCCCGGCAAGUGCACCGAGGUUGGCGGUACCUACAAGUGCUCCUGUCCGAUCACACACGCUGGCCAUAACUGCGAACGCCAACAAUCCAUCGAAUACCCCGCGUUCACCGGCAGCGCAUACCUAGCGAUCCAAGCGCCGCCGUCCAGCCGCUCGCUGUACAUGUCCCUAAAGAUCAAGGCCAUGAGCCCGGUCACCGACGGCAUCAUCAUGUACUGCGCUGAGUCUGAGCAGGGGCACGGAGGCUUCACGUCACUCGCCGUUAAAGACCAACGUCUGGAAUUCCGCUACCAAACGGGAGACUCAUACCAACCCGCCAUCCUGGCCAGCCAGCGGCUGCUCCGUCCCAACGAGUGGACCGACGUGACCCUCACGCGCUCCGGGCCCACAGUGCGCUUGACCAUCAACAGCGAGACCGUCUCCAAUAUCCUUCCUCAACCCAACCAACUUGGGGAGCUUCAUUUGAAAACACCCAUGUACGUGGGUGGCGUUGACGACUCAAACAUUGUACUGAACAGGAAUGUUGAAGUGGCGGGUGGAUUCAGCGGAUGCAUCAAGGACGUGCUGGUGCAAGACAACGCUGUGAACAUCGUGAACGCGUCGAUAAUCUCCGCCAACGUUCAAGAGUGCAGCAGCUACGACCGCGGAGACAUCCCCGACGAGCCCGAAAACUCUGAGGACUUGGGCAUUUGCUCGCGCUGCAUGAACGGCGGCCGCUGUUCCCCUGGCGCGACCUCUUGCCAAUGUCCGCCCGGCUACUCGGGAGUAUACUGCGAGACUCGCGCCGCGCGCUCGGUCUGCAGCCCCAACCCGUGCAUACACGGCACCUGCCGGCCCGCCACCCACCGGCAAGACAGGUUCAACUACACUUGCGAUUGCCCGCUGGGAUUCGGUGGCCAGAACUGUCAUAUUAAACUACAACUUCAUCACAGCGUUGGAUUCGAUGGUAAUGGUUACAUCGAGCUGGCAGCGGAUAACCUCCGCUACGACAGGUAUCCCGUGGAGUUCGGAGUCGCUGUCGUUACCACCACCUCGGACGGCGUGCUGCUCUAUCAGAGGGAGACCAACGCCGGCGAACGAGGAGACUAUGUCCUUUUGAGAUUGGAGAACGCGCGAGCGGUAUUGGAAUUGGACCUUGGGGAUGGACCCAUCACUAUGAGGGAAGACUUGGUGGAUGUGAGCGACGGCGAACGCCAUGUGAUCGCAGUUAGAAUAUAUCAAAAUAAACAAAUAGAACUGAACGUCGAAGAAAGAAAACAAACUCAAAUAUAUCCGGGAUUGACGGGCGUCAUGAGUGCCGAUUCCAACAUAUACAUUGGCGGUAUACCCGACGCGCUGAACAAGUGGCAUUACCCCGGCCUGACGGGUUGCUUCGAGUCGAUCGAGCUCACCAAGAACUACCAGCAAAGAUACACCGUCAACCUCGAUACAGCCGCCGUCGCCGGCCGGAACACCCAACGAUGCAAGGACAGGCGCAAUUAGGAGACAUGAGUGAGCGGCGGAGACACUAUUCGCCACGAAAUUUCACGAAUUUUACGGACAUUGAUAGAUAUAAUGAUUAAUGAUAUAGCCUUAUUUUUUAAUUGUUACAUGUAACUGUCAUGGACUACGC